CCAGCCUCAAGCUUCCGUCAUGGGUAUCGACAUCGCCCGUCACCACGUCAAGAACGGGCGCCGCACGGCGCCCAAGAGCGAGGACCCGUACCUGCUCCUGCUCGUGAAGCUCUACCGCUUCCUUGCCCGCCGCACGGACUCGCGCUUCAACAAGGUCGUCCUGCGCCGCCUGUUUAUGUCGAAGAUCAACCGCCCGCCGGUGUCGGUCUCGCGCGUCGUGUACCUGUCGCGCAACCAGGGCGGCGUCGCCAAGGCUGGCGAGGCCCCCAAGACCGUCGUCGUGGUCGGCUCGAUCACCGACGACAACCGCGUGCUUGAGCUGCCCAAGCUCUCCAUCGCUGCGCUGCGCUUCACCAAGACGGCGCGCGCCCGCGUCGAGGCCGCCGGCGGCGAGUGCCUCACGCUCGACCAGCUCGCGCUCCGCUCGCCCAAGGGCUCCAACACGAUCCUCCUGCGCGGCCCCAAGAACGCGCGCGAGGCCGUCAAGCACUUCGGCAUGGGCCCGCACACGAACAAGAAGCCCUACGUUCGCUCGUCGGGCCGCAAGUUCGAGCAGGCUCGUGGCCGGAGGAAGUCGCGCGGCUUCAAGGUCUAAGCGCCGUGCCUCUCUGCACGCUCGUCUCGGUCCUUGUUCAGCCACGCUUCUACGUCUUGCUACGUCACUCUCCGCAGUCGCGGCCAGCCCACCGAUGCCCGACUCUACACUCGUCCACGUCAUCUGCUUCGACACUCACACACCACACACACACCACGCACCGGCCCCCACACCAAAAGCAUGUACCAUCCGCCCGCCCUGUCCGUGCCAUGUGCGUCCGCGCGCUCGAGCGGGCAUGGACAAAGAUCGC